UUUUCUUUACUUAUAGAUUUUGGUGCAUUCAGUGAGUCUCAACUUCUCUGACUUAGGCCCUCUUGGAAAAGAAAGUAAAAAUGCAUGGAUCAACAAAACAUGCAAAGUCCAGGAAGGACAGAUCUCUUCAUGUUAAAGAAACCCUUUCUUAAUGCACUAAUGUCACAUUUUGAAUUCUUUCUUUCUGUUGUAGACUUUCUUUGCAGUGCAGAUGCAAAUGUCUAUGGCAUUGACUUCAUCAGAUUCAAGAUUCGUGAUAUGGAUACAGGGACAAUCCUGUUUGAGAUUGCCAAGCCUCCUGCUGGAAAUCCUGUGACUGAGAAUUCAGAGAACACUGAUAACCCAAAUGCUGGACGAUUUGUGCGGUAUCAGUUCACCAAGCAGUUUCUCAAGCUCAAGACUGUUGGGGCAACUGUGGAGUUUGUUGUGGGGGAGAAGCCAGUGAAUAAUUUCAGGAUGAUCGAGAAGCAUUUUUUCCGGGAGCAUCACCUCAAGACCUUUGACUUUGAAUUUGGAUUUUGCAUUCCCAACAGCCACAACACAUGUGAACACAUCUAUGAAUUCCCACAUUUGUCAGAAGAUUUGAUUGAGGAGAUGGUGAAGCAUCCAUAUGAGACACGCUCAGACAGUUUCUAUUUCGUCGAUGAAGAGUUGAUCAUGCACAACAAGGCUGAUUAUGCCUACACACCUGGGGUGCAGGCCUGACCUCAUAUGGCUGUCAGACUUCUCAAGGUUCUGGGACAUAGUCAAAAUGCCAGAAUUUUGAGAUACUGAGGAAGAAUUUUCAAUGAAGUACUAUAUCACAAGGAUUCUUCAAAGACAAAUUUCUUUGGGGUUAAAGCUCACCACUUAGAGAAGACACUGAAUUUCAUCCCACAUUUGUUGGUGUUCCAAGUUCUCUUCAUAGGCUUGUGGUUUCCCCUACACAUGAUCAUCUCUAUUUUCUCUGUGAUAGACUCAGUGGGAUUCUCGUUGCACUCAUGUUGAAUACAAGUAUACAUGACAUUCAUACUUUAUCACAACCACUGCAUGGUCACUCCUGCCAUUUCUUUUGUCAUUGCACUGCCCAUUCAUAUACAGGUUGAGUACUUGCAUUUGAAAUAAUGAAUACCAAAGAUAAUGAAUAACCAAAGUGUCCAAAGACAUUCCACAAUAAGGGUGUGAGUCUGUUUCCAAAUCUAUAUGUUCAUUGACAAAGUUAUUUAUUGAUUGUGUGCAUCCCAGUGUUGUUCUCUUGUGCGUCCUGUGCACCUGUGUGCCUUAAUUGUGUCUCAGCAAUAUUCUGGACCCAGUGUAGUCUGUGAUGGCAUCACUUUUAAGAUCAGUUGACAAUGAUGUUAAGAAAAAUUAGAAUCUGAAUAUAACUGCAAGUUCAAAGAAAGUGAAACUCUUAUAUAUGCA